AUGUUUUUAUUCAAGUGGUUGAUGUGCUUGAUUUUGCUCUGGGCAAAGUUAAAAUGUACUGAAGCAGUCCUCUCACCAGAUCCUUUGAUUGUUGAGAUCCCGAAUGGAAAACUCCGGGGAAGGGAUAACGGCCACUACUAUAGCUAUGAAUCGAUUCCCUAUGCUAAACCCCCAACUGGUGACCUUCGAUUUGAAGCUCCUCAACCGUAUAGUAAUCAGUGGACGGAUGUUUUCGAUGCAACGAAACCAGCAGCAGACUGCCUACAAUGGAACCAGUUCAGAGCCGAAAAGCUGCAGGGAGAGGAGGAUUGCCUAACCAUGAGCAUAUUUAAGCCUAAGAACCAAAUUAGGAGCUACCCUGUCGUGGUCCUCCUUCAUGGUGGUGGCUUCAUGUUCGGUGGCCAAACUUCCAAUGGGCACGAAUACAUAAUGCGCGAGGGAAGAAUGCUUUUGGUCAAAAUAAGCUAUCGAGUUGGACCUUUGGGAUUCGCAAGCACCGGUGAUAAGGAUUUACCGGGAAACAACGGACUGAAAGAUCAGCGCCUGGCUCUGCGAUGGAUCAAGCAAAACAUUGCGAACUUUGGCGGUUUGGCGGAGAAUAUUGUGCUCAUUGGUCACUCUGCAGGCGGUGCUUCAGUUCAUUUGCAGCUCCUCCAAGAGGACUUCGGCCAGUUGGCAAGGGCAGCGAUCUCCGUGAGUGGCAAUGCUCUAGAUCCUUGGGUUGUCCAGAAGGGAGGAAGUGGAAGAGCUUUUGAAUUGGGACGCAUUGUUGGAUGUGGACACACAACAGACUCUGCAGAACUUAAGAAUUGUUUGAAGUCCAAACCGGCCAGGGAAAUAGUGUCGGCCGUUAAUAGCUUCCUAGUCUUUUCAUACGUGCCCUUUACUCCUUUCGGACCUGUUGUGGAGCCGGCAGAUGCUCCAGAUGCCUUUCUCACCCAAGAUCCUAGAGAUCUGAUCAAAAGCGGAAAGUUUGCACAAGUUCCUUGGGCGGUGACAUACACCACUGAGGAUGGAGGCUAUAAUGCUGCUCUACUGUUGGAAAAGAAUAAAAACACUGGUGAGACCUGGAUGGAAAAACUCAACGAUCGAUGGUUUGACUGGGCUCCCUACUUGCUUUUCUACCGGGACUCAAAGGACACCGUUAAGGAGAUGGAUGAGUUCUCCAGGAAUCUGAGGCAGCAGUACCUAGGAGAUCGACGUUUUAGCGAGGAAAGCUAUUGGGACUUGCAGCGAAUGUUUACGGACAUUCUUUUCAAGAACAGCGUACCAAAUGCAAUAGAUCUUCAUCGGAAAUAUGGCCACAGUCCUGUUUAUUCUUUUGUUUACGACAACCCAGCUGAAUCUGGAGUGGGUCAAUUGCUUUCCAAUCGAUCUGAUGUAUUUUUUGGUGGAGAUGAUUUUUUUUUGAUUUUCGAUCUUGGCUCAUUACGACCAGUCAUUCGUCCUGAUGAAGAAGUUAUUUCAAAAAAGUUUUUAAGAAUGCUAGAGGAUUUUUCACUAAGCGAAAAGGGUGUACUUACAUUUGGAGAAUGCAUUUUCCAAAACAAUGUCAAUAGCAAAGAAUAUCAAGUGCUCCGAAUAACGGGAAAUGGUUGUAAGAAUGAGCAAUAUUAUCAGUUUUUCUAA